UGCAAAAAUGUCUUGAAUUAUUUUAAACUAAUACUUCAAAGUAUCUUUUCAUUAAUUAGUUCGUUAAUCUGUCUACAUUGUUAAUUAAAAGUAACAUAAAUAAUUUUGUAGAAUUUCGAUUCGCUUUUUAAGUUAACCAGGAUAGUGUUGUUGUAAACUCACAGAAGAAGCCACAGAAGAGAUCUCCUACGAUAAAUGUGGAAACGGACGAGGACACUAAUGUAUCCUGAGCUGUAGUGGUUCACUUCAUUUGAACAUGAUGCUAGGCAAACAAGAACAUGAUUCGUCACAUGGAUAACCGGACAGAACUGACAGAAGAGCUGUGUGAUUAUCUUAUUUACUCCGUUCACUGUUUGACGGAAUUUCGUCUGCUUUUUGCCGCCGGUUAUAAUCUGAGGAAUGAAGAUCAAAUCACUAAGGAUUGAGGCUUUCAGUGUCGUAUGUUUUCUAGUGAUUCUAGUGAUUCGGAAUGCUUAUGGGUCUACAGCUGACACUAAGAAAAAUGAAGAUCAAAAAGUUCACCGACCCGCAGACACCACGGCUGUGAAAAAAAUCGAGACACCUGCAAAUGGUACGGCAAAGGGACAGUCAACUUUGAAUUUUGACUGCAAUGAGAAGGAUAAGGAAUGUAAGGAGGAUAAACUAGGCUACGAGGCCAUAUACAGUCUGCAUCGCCUGAUAGAUGAUGAUCACAAUGGUAACGUCGAUCAGUCAGAAAGUGAUGAGUUCCUUCGUGAUGAACUGCAGUACACAGAUGGCUUUGAGCGACACUCACUGUUCCACAAUAAUGACAAACUCAUCAGUGUUGAUGACCUCUGGCGGGCAUGGAAGUUCUCAGAAGUGUACAACUGGACAGUGGAUGACGUUGUUGACUGGCUCCAGAAGGAAGUGGACUUGCCCCAAUACUCAGCUGUCUUCAUGGAUAACUCUGUCAGUGGUCCAUAUUUACCAAGGUUGGCCUCUUCCAGUUCCGCCUUGGUGUCCGUGCUUGGCAUAAAGAACCCUGUCCACAAACAAAAGCUUGCUCUCAAGGCCAUGGACACUGUGUUGUUUGGAGCACCACCUAAACGUCACAGUUAUAUGAAAGACCUUGUGCUGGUUGCAUCACUUAUUUUCGCUGUUGGAGGAUGCUGGUUUGCCUACCUACAUCAUCGCUAUUCUAGAGAGCAGGUUCGAAAACUUCUGGUAGAUCUUGAGUCCCUUCAAAAAGCUGAGGAAGCUCUGAUGGAUGUCCAGAGAAGACUAGAAGAUGCAGAAACUCGGCAGGCAGAUUUCCAGUCUGUUAGUUCAGUGAAACAGACCCAGAAUGCACUUCAUGAAGGUGCAGGAGAGGGAACACGGCAAAUUGAGGAAGAGUUGGCCGCCACCCUAUUAGCUCUGCACCAUGCAGAGAAUCAACUGGAACAGCAGUGGUCGCCUCCUGGCGAGCUGCAGGCAUGGCUGCAACUGACACAUGAGCUGGAACUGGAACACUACACUGCCAAACGUCAAGCUGCUGAACGCCAGUAUCAGUCAGCGAAAGAGUCAUGUGAAAAAAUUAAGAAGCGCAACAAAGCAUUGUUUGGUGCACUUCGCAUGGCUCACAGUAACUCAUUAGAUGAGAUAGACCAGAGAAUUCUCGAUGCACGGAUGGCACUGGAGGAAGUCAAGCAUGAUUUACAGGAGCGAUUGUUACGCUGGCAUGUUAUGGAGAGACUGUGUGGCUUUCCUAUUGUGUCUAACCCAGGCUUGGCAGCACUGCAUCAGACUUUGCAUGGAGCUGGAGGUAUUGCUGGACGAUUCCCACCAGCAGUCGGUGCAUCUGUUUCUGUUGAUGAAGCUGAUGAGGACCUCCCACCACCUGCAGCAUUUUCUUGCCCUUUACCUAAUGGGCUGUCUAGGCCAAGAGCUUUCUCAGCAGAGAUUCCCGAGAUGGCUGGAUUACCUUACGCAUUGAUACCUGACAACUGUCACAUAGAGAAAGAGAAAAUGGGACCACGGCGGGGAAAUAGGCGACGAACACAAUUUAGCUACCCCCCAGUGCCCAUCAUGACAACCAACAAAAGCUUCUUGCGUAAACGCGCAGGCACUGGCAGCACGGGCUCCCUCUCCCACCUUGCUCGAGUCGGGGUGCAGCUCACCCAAAUCCCGCACACUGACUUACACAACACCCAUCCCACCAGCCACUCCUCAGCCAUGCUGCUCAGGGAUGGCCAUGAGAUGGACAUUGCAAGCCCUCCCUCUUCGAUAGCUGCUGAGCCUGUCACCUUUCAUCUGGGUGAACAGCUGCAGCAUGCCCCAGACCGAAUAGCAGCCACAUCGUACACAGGCCACCAUCAUCACACCCCUCACACUAUCUCCAGUCGUCCUGGUGUCACAAAUGCCUCUCCUUCCCAGCCUGCUCCCAGCACCAGCACUGGUUCUUCUGCACUAUAUGGGGGAGUGUACAUUGGGGGUGCAGUGACAGGUGAGAGGCAAGUGCUGGUGUGCUCUCCUCAGCCUGCCACAAAUGGUGUGUCUGCUGCCUUCUUGCAUUCUAAGUCUUUGAAUUUUUCGGACUCCGAUGAUAACUUGUCACAAGGCACGCAAGACAGCUUGCCCCAAAGCCAGUCCUCGAGUGCGCUUCAGCGGGGACUACCCAGCAGUGGCCAAGACCUUGACAACCACACCUCCUCAUUAGACAUGGAUGAUAGAAGCAUUAGCCAAGGAAGUCAGAAGAAAUCAUCAGUAAAGAAAAAAUUCAAGAAUAUUUUCCGCAAGACUCACAAGCAGAAGUCAGUGUGAUUUGGUGGAUGACAAAAUGCAUUCAGCAUGUGACUGAAAAAAAUGUAUUCAGUGCAACCUGCUGGCAUGCUGGUUGCAAAUUUGGACAAAUAAAUUCCUGGAGACAAAAAAGUAGCAAAUAGGUGGGAAAGAGUCGGUGAAUCAUACAGAACACACAAGUGCCUAAAAACCAACAUUUUGGUCUCUUGUUACGGUUCCUGUAUAGUGGAAUGUUUGAUCUCAAGUUAAGCAUGCUAGAAGUGUUCUGUUUGAGUGAUUUUUUUUUUUUUAAACUUUUUACCCUGAGGACAGUUUGUGCUUGUGAUUACAAAAUAUUUUAAGUGAUAUUUAAUGCCAAUUUUGUACUGUUCUUUUUUUCAUGCUGUCUUGCCUAAAUUACACAACUCUUAACAUUCCUUCCUCACAUUGAUUGCUCCUUUGCUGUGUGAGCUUGCUUCUUUUUUAUUUGUUUUCAUCUAGCCUCUAAGUUUGAUUAUGAUAUUAUGACUGGAAAAAUAAUAAGCCCUCUUUUGUGCACGAAGGGAUUUUUAUCAAUGGUGAAAAUGUUACCUGUGUGUUUAAUAAUCCAGGUUAUUAGUAAGAGAGGGCUGAAGUCAGAUGAAAGCAUUUUUGUCGUGACUAGUUCUAUUUCUUUGGCUUUUGAAAAUUGUUUAUGUGCUUUAGCAUUUCAAGGUAAAACUUUUGAUUUGUUAUGCAAUUAUGUUAUCUGAUAUCUUUGUACCAGUCUUCAUGCCAACAGAUUUUAAUUCUAUCAUGCAAAUGUGAUCUUGUAUGUAUUCUUUAUUGAGUACCAUGUGCAUGUCUCUUUCUGUACUAGAAAGUUUCUGUUUUAGUGUCACUUUGAAUAAGAGAAUGAUCAUCAAUAUCACUCUUAUGUCCCAGCAUUCCUUCAUAGACAAUUACCCUCUUUUGCGUGAAUUUUUAGCCUGCUCAUAUGCAGUUUGCUGUACAGUGAUCAUGCACAUUCAUUUAGCAUGCACUUUUCCUCGCUUUCUCUUGCUGUGAGUGCAGACUGCAAACCUUAAAGGGUUUGGGGCUUGAGCUUCCAUUUUUAAUGUUUCUUGGUGCAUCCUGAGGCCUGAAGGAUACUGCAGGGGUGAUGGAAUAACAGUAGCAUGUCUGUUGUAUGGAACGUAUCUGUUAUAGUCAUAUCAUGAAAAUAUUGAGGGCUAGUGCAACUCAUUAAAUAGAGAUCACAGUUUGGUACUUUUAUUCCCGAGGUAAAAUUGAGUUUUUCUUCUGCGGCAUUUCAUAUAGCCUAAUCCUUAAAUGCACAAGAAUUUUAUUUUUUUUUAGUUGAAAAUAAUUCCAUUGUAAGUUGCUUGCUUCAUGCAGAAUUUGCAGUAGAUUGUUGAUUUAACAAAUUCUUUUUCAGUCGCUUAAGACCUAUUCACCACCAAAGACCAGGUGCAGGAGGUAUUAUCUAAUGAACCAGAUGGAACACAGUUCGACAGAUUUGCUCCAGUGUUGUGUUCAUUCAUGAUAUUUUUAUUGUUAGAUGCUGCUGAUUAUGUAGAAGCAGCGCUUGUCCUGGGUAUUCAAAUUCUGUCUGCGGUAGGUCAAAGCUUAUGGUUCAUUCCUUGACAAGUUCUUUGUAUAGAUUUUUUGCUUGUUUGAAAUCUUAUUUUUAGAUUUUUUUAGACUGACAAGCUUUUUACCAUUUUUGUCACCCUGUUCUAAUACUUGUACAGUUUAUUAUUAUAAAUAUUUCUUCUAAGAGUGCAGUUUUCUUUAGUAUGUUUAAUUAUUUCAUAAAAUAGAAGACAAUAUAUGUUCUUAUAUAUAGAUAUAUAUGUGUUCACACAUGAGCAUGCACACCGGAGGCAUAGGGCAUGUGCAGAUCAUUAAUUUGGAGCCUCAUUACCAUAUUGAUCAAAAGUAUGGGGCUCCUGAUGAUUAUCAAAAGCAUGGGGUCCUAGGCAAAUGCCUCAUCUGCCUGCCCCUAAGCAUGGCCCUGCACUUGAUCAUGUAUGCCUCCUUCAGGACAAGUGAUAAAAAUCUCUAAUGCUUAAAACCACACAAAGGAGAAUUGGGUAUCGAUAAGGUUUAUUUUGAAGACCAUUUUUAUGGAAUGUGAACCACCACUUUUUCAGUCUUGUCUUCAGAAAGUAAAGUAAAACCUAUCCUGUUUGACUUUGAAUUUUGUCUGUUUGCUAUUCAAAGAUGAAAUCUCUCUUGUUAGCCAAAAGAUUUAUUAUUUACUUUAUUGUAGAACUUAUUUAUCUAGCAGUUUUAGUUAACAUCUUGAGGUGUUAUUGUGUACUGUUACUUGACAUGAUUUAAUUUUUGUGUGUUGACAUAUCUGUAUUUCAUCUCUAGCAAAUGCAAAUGCGAUGUGCAUGAAAAAUGCAAAUAUGCUGCCAGCAUUUUUGUGUACUAAACAGAUUAUCUGCAAACGGGAGAAAAGCUACAGUGAAGAAUGAAUAUGUUUUCAGCAUGAAGAAAACUAUUUUUACACAUAAUUAUUAUGACAUUGCCAAUGUCUUUCUAAUGGUAUAUGUGACAGAGAAACCAUGCAGAAAGAAAAGUGUUUCAUUUUAUUUAUGUGAAGUGUUUUUAAAAAAAAGAUGUCUUGAAUCUGGUAUUCUUUUCCCGUGAUUAGCUUGGAAAGUGAUUUAAAGUUUGAUGACAUUUGUUUCUUUUUCAUUAAGAGAUCCCAUUAAAAGCAUUGUUCGCUGUUCCUUUUUUUCUUCCAUAUCUGGGCUGCAAGAAGGAAGACUAGCAUAUCCAUAUAAUUGUUCUCAAGUACAUACUUAAAGCACAACCCUGACAUCAGGCAUGCAGGAUGAUGUCCCCUACCUAUUCCAAUCUUGUUACCAUGUCAGUAAGCCUAUCCAAAGUCACUGCUCAUUAUUUUCAGUGCCCCUGAUGAGGUAUGAGAUCACAGAGUCUAGAAUGCAGCAGAAAUGAGAGAGAAUGAAGUUAGAUUGUCAGUUCCAUUCAGUGGCUAUUAAGAGGUUUUUUUGUGAAAGUGGCAGCCUGUGAGCAGAUGCAAACUGGUUACUUUCCUGGCAGUCAACAGUUUGUUGAUUCCUGAGUAGUGUUCAAGAACAGGGAAAAAUUUACUGCCACUUUUUAAAGACUGUUCUAGAGUUUAAUUUUAAUAUUUCUGCUUGGACUUCGUGAUGCAAAUAAAAACCCACUACAUAUUGUGUGCUUUUUAUUUGCACAUCAUGCACUAGUAAGUGUUCUUGCAGCCAUGGGCAGUUGUAUGAGUGGGCAGUUACGCAGCAAUUCCUUGCUCAUUACCUGUGAUUUUUCUUAUGAUUGUUGGAAGUGCUGGUUGAUCUAAGCACUUUUUUUCAGUAUGAGUGGAAUGUUAAUAUAAUUAAUGGAAUGUGUUGUGAGCAUCAGGAGGGGAAAAAAUUGUUCUUAUUUUCAGCUGAAAUGUUCUUUCAUGGUGCUGAAGUAAGCAAAUUGUCACCAUAUGAACUGAUACUUUAUUAGUGGCUGCUCUCAUGCCUACAAGUUUCAUUCACACCUGCAGUUAUCAGGUGUUUUAGUUGACUUAUCUGUAAAACUGCUUUCUAGUCUGCCUGCAGGAUGCCUCUUCUUCCCUAUUGUCUUUUUAUUGCAUCAGAGCAUCAUCCUCAGGGGUGUCACAAGGAUGCACAUCUUGCAGACUGGUACUGUAUAAGUGACAUGAUUAAAACAUGUGCCUAAGUAUUUUGCACCACAUGAAAAUACACAAGCAGGUAUUCUUUCCAACAAUCGCCUCUCCUGUGACUUUCUUUUUCCAAGGCCAUUGCUUAUGAGUGGUGGAUUGUGGGAGGGAUGAGAUGGAGGUACAAACACCUCGACUAUAAAUUAUUUCAGUUUAUUUUAAACUGCUAAAACUUUCUUACUUUUUUUUUGUACAGCCAUGAUUGAUUUUCAAGAACACAAUGUAUAUAAAAUAAAAUUUUAUGUAUACAUGAUAUAUCAACUUCUGUUAAAUUCCGAUUUGAAAAGAAUAUUUGCAAAUGUGUCAUUAUCUAAAAGAUAUACGGAGAAAGUUUGUUGGAGGAGGUGUUUCUGAAGCAUUUGGCUUCAGUUGAAGUUCUAAUAAAAUGCCUUGUAUUGACCUUUUUGUGAGGGGAGGGGAGUCAUUAAGAUUAAAAAUAUGACAAUGAAGUAGAA